AUGGAUGAAGAACUAAAGAUAGUGGACGUGUGGUCGGAUAACUUGGAAGAUGCGUUCGAGAGAAUAAGGGACGUGCUUGAGCACUACCCGUACGUCUCUAUCGACACGGAAUUCCCCGGCAUCGUCGCGAAGCCCACAAGCUACCAGGAGGACUACAACUACCAGACAGUCAAGUGCAAUGUCGACUUGCUCAAGAUCAUUCAGCUCGGCCUCACGUUCGCCGACGCUGACGGGCAGACGCCCAGCGGCGUUUCCACGUGGCAGUUCAACUUCAAGUUCGACCUGCAGCGCGACAUGUACGCCUAUGACUCCAUCGAGCUACUGAAGGAGAGCGGAAUCGAUUUCGAGAAGCACCAGCGCAAAGGAAUCGAUGUCGCGCACUUUGGGGAGCUCAUAAUAGCCUCCGGACUUGUCAUGAACGAGGACGUCGUCUGGGUAAGCUUCCAUGGCAGCUACGAUUUCGCCUACGUGCUCAAGCUCCUAACCUGCACCAGCCUUCCUGCCAACCAGUCGGAGUUUUUCGACCUCCUGCACGAUUUCUUCCCUUCACUGUACGACAUCAAGUUCCUCCUAGAUGAACGGUCGAUUAAACUUUCGGGUAGGAGCAGCUUACAACGCAUCUCGGAGCACCUGGACGUCAAGCGAAUCGGACCCCAGCACCAGGCGGGGAGCGACAGUCUGGUGACGUGCCGCACGUUCUUCAAGCUCAUGCAGCGGUAUUUCGAAAACGAGCUGGAUGACGAGAAGUACCAAGGCGUAAUAUACGGCUUGGGGAAGGCUUCCGCUCAGCUGCAUGGUGACGGUAAGAGCGACGGACUGUACAACACCCCCACCUACGCCAUGACGCUUCCGUUUGCUAACGGACCGAGCAAUUUGAAGUGGGGAUCGGACAUGCAGGCACACCACGUACAAACCACGCUCAAUCCAGGAAUCGUCAACGCAAACUUGCACUCAUCGUCUGGAGCUGUCAUCCUAAACUCCUCAGUCGCGAGUCCGCAUGGAGAAGUCGCCAGCCCCAUGGGGUCCAACGUCCUACCGGGCAGCGCAGCGAUGGUGAACAACGGAGCGAUGAGCAACAUGACCGGGCUAAGCUUCUACGACACGCCGCAAUUCACCAACCAGUAG